AUGCAACUCAUCAUCGACCCCUCCCACCCCUCCGCCUCCUCCUGGCCAAAAGGCCCAUGGAUGGUCCAAGCGGCCCACGCAGCAACUGCAGCCAUCACUAUCUCCUCCAGCUCCCGCAGCACACAAGAUUACAUCUCGGUUGCGAACCUAAGUUCGAUGCACAAGGUAGUGCUGGCGACCGCCAAGGAGGGAAAAGCGAAAAUGACUUUGAAUGAGCUCUCGGAGAAGCUUAGCGCCGAGAGAAUGGCAUGGGAGAAAGCUAAGGCGAGCGCUGAAGCAAAAGGAGGUGAGGAGGGCAAGCAAGAGUUUCCGCAGCACUAUCUAUGGAUCGAACAGCCGGAAAACACUGCAACCUGUUUAGCGAUAGCGCCCAAUAGAAAGCCUGCUGCACUAAAGAAGAUCUUACGAAGCUGCACGCUGCUCAAGGACUAA